AUGGCCAAAACUCCAGAAGCUGCGAAGACAUUGUUGGAUGAUAUGGCUGCCAACAAUUACUUGAAUGAUGGAGUUGUCUCGUGGAGCCCUAAAAAGGGAGUGCAAGGUCACUCAUUUAAUGAGUGUAAAUACAAUACCAUGGGAGCGGUGACUGAGCAAGCUAACGCCCUCCUAAACACAAACACAAGACCACAAAACAACCCAUACUCAAACACAUAUAACCCAGGUUGGAAGAAUCAUCCAAACUUCUCUUACAAAAAUAACCAACCUCAACCUCCACCCACAAAAUACACCCAACCACCUGGUUUCCAACAAAGGCCACCAUUCAACUACUCCUCAUCCUCAACAUCCAACCUUGAAACCAUCAUAGAGAAUUUAGCUUCUUCUCAGGCAAAGCAAAUUGAAUAUCAAGCGAAGCAGAAUGACUUCUUCAGCAACUCCCUUCAACAAAUUCAUGCUCAUAAUAAAAUGAUGGAAAAUCAGAUGACCCAACUUGCUCAACAAAUCAGUCACCUCUCAAAACCUUCAGGCCAACUUCCAGGACAAACGGAACCAAAUCCGAAGGGGUAUACCCAUGCUAUCUCAUUGAGAAGUGGUAGAGAAUGGCAAGAUCCAUAUAGGAAGAUGAAUGACCAAAGGAAGAGUGCAAAAGAGUCCAAAAAGCCGAGUGAAGAAGAUCAAGGCGAAAAAGUGUUGGAAGAGGAAGCUAAGGAGACUGAGAAAAAGGAACCUAUUUGUCAUACCUAUUGCACCAUACAAGCCACCUGUUCCAUUCCCUCAAAAUUGGCACAAGCAAAGCUAGAGAAGAAGUAUGGGAAGUUCCUUGAUAUUUUGAAGAAGUUGCACAUUAACAUCCCUUUCUUGGAUGCUAUCUCAGAGAUGCCUUCUUAUAACAAGCUUCCAAAGAAGCUAGGAGAUCCAGGCAGUUAUUCUAUUCCUGUUAAGCUUGGUGAUAUUGAGAUCAAGAAUGCCUUAUGUGAUCUUGGGGCAAGUGUCAGUCUCAUGCCCUUGUCAAUCUGCAAGAAGCUCAAUAUGGGUGAACUGAAACCCACAGCAUCUCCUUACAACUAG